GGUGUUUAAUGAUUUGCCCAUGGUGUGGCAAAUCGGUAAUUGCCAUGUCACAAGAGUGGCAAAUAGUUAAAUUUCCCCCCACGAGCAGCAGUUGAUCCCAUCAAUUUGCACAAACCAGUCCACCAGCCAAAUAAAAAAGAGAAAGCAAGAAAACGGGAAAAAAAUCCCGUGGUGGAUGUGGAUCUCGUCCCCACUACUCCACCGCGCCUCUCGCUUCCUCCGUCCCCAGCCGCGCCGCUCGCUGCCUCCGUUUACAGCCGUGACGCUCGCUAGUCGCUACCUCCACCCCAGCCGCGUCGCUCACUGUUUUCCUCCACCGCCGCAGUCUCUGUCCCCACCCGCGCCGCUCGUUGAUCCACGUUUGGGGGCGGAUCCGAGUCGGAUUCACUCUCGAUUUCGAUCGGGACGCGGAGUCCGAUCGAUUUCUUCGUCUAUAAACUCUGCAGGGGACGUACGGUGAGCGCCUCCGGCGUGUGUUGCUGCCGCAGAUCGAUGGAGGUGGAUGCCUCCGCGGUCGCAAGAGCACUACCAAGAGAUUUCCCUCCCAUCGAGAACUUGAGCUUCGAAGGCAUCCCCCGUUAUACUUUCAAGAUUGGCAACCGGAUCCACUGCACCAACUUGAUGUACCGCCCAGGUAGUCGGACGCUAUUAACGCAGGAAGAAGCUCAUGAGAUCAUUCGCGAGCGCUUGAGGUCUGACAUUCGUCGGGGCCGCAUAGAACUGGACGCCGACUUCUUGCAGCAGCUUGUUGAUCAGGUUCGCGAUCAUAUUCUUCAGCGUCAGCGCCGUGGCACUGCCACUGCCAUUGCCAUGGAUGGAGUAGUGGAGGUGGAGGAUGCGUACAGGAACGGUGGGUUCGGCGCUGUCCCCGCGUCGAGCAAGGCCAUGGCCGAGCUGCAGGAGGCGAUGGCAAGCGACGCCAGGGAACGCGGGUGCGCUGUGUGCCUGGAGGAUUUCGAGGCGGGAGAGAAGCUGACGAGGAUGCCCUGCUCGCAUUGCUUCCAUGCGACCUGCAUCUUGGAUUGGCUCCGCCUCAGCCAUCGCUGCCCGCUCUGCAGAUUCCCGAUGCCAACCCAAGACCAAUCUUACUAGGCUGUAAGAGGAUAACGCCGCGGCCAGAGAUGAAACAAAUCAUACAACUCUUGUGCGUACUCAUGCUCCAUCAAACACCAUUCCAUUCAUGUACCAUCUGUUAUUAUUCAUGUUUUAUGAUCGGAUUGCUAUUGUUUCGGGGUAUUACAGUGCCAACAUUGGGAUUCCCCUCGAAAGAUGAACAUACUUUCCCGCUAAAAGCUUCCUCUAGUUCUUCCCAGCUCGCUUGCUUCUCUUGCAGUAGAAGCUUCAUCCUCUACCAAAGAAAGCUCCUUGCACUCCUCAUUGGCGUUCAUGUCCUGGAGCCCGAGGACAGCCAUUACCACAGCGACAUCACGACAUCGCCAUGUAUGAGCUGUUGGAAUAUAAACAUGUAAUCUUGAGCAUCGAUUUAUCUGUUUGCUUGCAUGUAGUUAGCCGGCUGGAAACACUUUGGAUUCGGCCGAAAGAAUAGUUCUUUUAAGGUUUACAUGUUUCCUGUUUUAUAGUUGCGAUGACCCGGUUCAGAUCGUAUUGAAUUUGAACUUGCAUGUUUAUGGAAUGAUAUAUUACAUAUUAAAACAUAUUCUUAAUUUUUUUCAUAA